GACAAAGGGUAAGUGGUUUCAGGCGGAUGCGAGCUGGCACCGUGCAGAACGACACACGGAUCUCUCAGCAGCUCCAUUGGGUUUUUGGCUUGUGCGUGGAGUACAUACCCGCAGCAAGCAAUCAGCAGCUCGCGCCGCCGCCUCCUCCGCCUCCGGCCCACGUAGGUAGACGCACUGCCGCAAACGAUGGCCAGCGCGGGGCUGCGCGCGUAUCGUGAGGUGCUGCGCCUGGUGCGGCGGCUGCCGGCGGAGACGCGGCCCUACUACGCCAAGUACGCCCGCGAGAACUUCGUCAACUACCGCGACCUCUCCGCGGACGACGACCUCGCCGCCCUCCUCCGCCGCGCAUACACCCACUCCACAUGGGUCCUCUCCAAGUACUCGAUCGACGCGGGGAAAGCGGCGGCGCGGCUCAAGGAUCUUAGCGACGGCCACGCCGGGCUGUGACGCCCGCAAGGUGUUCGGUCAUAUGCCGCUCUUGGCUUGAGGAUUCAGUUCAGCGUCUUUGUUUUUGGCAAUCGCAUUACUCUGCUUAAGGUUUUGGUUACUUUGAUCGCUACUUUGACGUUGUUGUAUUGAAGCUCACUACUCAUGCUCGUUCAUCGUCUCCCUGCUCU